AUGUCAAACAAAGUAAUCAACAUCUCCGUGGGAAGUUUUGAAACCAAAGAGAUUAUGGUCUCUCUUAUUCAACGCGACAUCAACUUCUUUUCCUACACCGACCCCGAAGAACGCCUUGCCGCUAUCAAGGAGAUAUUUGCUUCUGAUAUCGUUUGGUUCGACUUCGACGGCUCUACACACCACGGCCAUGAUGGCUUGCUUAAAAGAUCAUCCGUUCUACUGGACCAGUUAAAGGGGUACUCGCAUCGAGCUAAAGGAGGAGCCAGUGUAUGCCAGAAUAUGGCCACUGCGCGUUGGGAGGUUGUGUCGGAGGGUAGUGAGAAAGAUCAUAAUAAGAUACCGGUCAUUCAGGGCGGUGACGUGCUUGUCGUGGAGGACAAAAGAAUUAAGAUCUUGUGGUCGUAUGUCGAUAGAUAUGAUGAGGUUCUCCUACCUCAUCUGGGGCAGUGA